AAAUUUAAAAAAGAUUGUCCGUUAUCUUGCAUUUAAAGGCGCAAAAAUGUUUACAUCCUUAGUAAGAAAUACAAUAAAACGUUCUUUUCAUAAGAGUUUAUUUUGUGGGGCAGUGGUUGACCCAAAACAAGAAGCAGCUUUGGAUGAAGAAUGUUUUCUAGUUAAUAUGGACGAUAAAGUGAUCGGCAGGGCCAGUAAAAGGGAGUGCCAUUUAGUUAAGGGUGACCAAAUUCCUUUACACAGGGCGUUUAGUGUGUUUUUGUUUAACAAAAAUGGGCAUUUGGUGUUGCAGAAAAGAUCCACAGAAAAAAUAACUUAUCCCGAUUGUUACACAAAUUCUUGCUGCAGCCAUCCUAUAGGAAAUGUAGCAGGAGAAGAUGAAGAAAAUGAAGCCUUGGGCAUUAAAAGGGCAGCUAUUCGUAGAUUAAACUAUGAACUAGGUAUACCAAUAAAACAAAUGCCCAUUGAAAAACUUCAAUACAUUACUCGAGUCUACUACAAAGAUUGUGGUAAUGGUAAAUGGGGUGAACAUGAGAUUGACUAUGUUUUAUUUCUACAAGGGGAUAUGAAAAUUAAACCUAAUCCUAAUGAAGUUUCGGAGAUCAGUUAUAUCCCUCGUAACGACAUAGAUUCUUUUAUACCAACAUUAAAUAGCAACUUAACCCCAUGGUUUGCCUUAAUUUUAAAGCACAGGCUUAAACUAUGGUGGGAUAAUUUGAAUAAUUUGAAGGAAGUUGUAGAUCAUAAAAAUAUUUUAAAAUUGACUGAUGGCCCAUGUUAAAUCUGAAUUUUUUGUUAUUUAUUUAAGUAAAAUAUAUACCUAAUUUAUUAUGUAUGCUAAAGUAUUAUUUAUUUUUAUGUUUUUGAAGGCAUUAAUAUUUAAAAUUGAGUGAAAACACUUUGUUAA